AAAAACAGCGCCAGACGCUCGACAGAAGACGUUGUAAAGCAAGCCAGCCUCGCUUUACUUCCAACCACCACCAUCGGUCCUCGCCGCUAUGUCUCGCGCUGAGCAGAUCCGCGGCAAAUUCUUUGGCAAUCCUCCCGACGGCAAGGCCAACAGUGCCGACGCAGGCUUGCCGCGCUCAGGUUCGGACAACCCGCUCACGAUCAAGAUCCCCCAGCCUACAGCGCCUGCGACCCCCGCACCGCCGCCAAAGCUCAGGGAGAGCAAAACAGACUCGUCCCCCAGGGAUGUUGCUGAGGACAGACCCACCAAGUCCUUCCGCGAGAGGCUCGUUGAGCAGCUCGGCCCAGACUACCAUGGUGCUGAGCGGCACAGGCUAGUUCAAGACGACGAGAAGGAGAUGCACUGGAAGCGAUGGGGCCCGUACGUUAGCGAUCGUCAGUGGGCUACGGUCCGAGAGGACUACUCUAGCAACGGUGAUGCCUGGUCGCAUUUCCCUCAUGAUCAUGCGCGAUCUCGCGCCUACAGAUGGGGCGAGGACGGUCUUGCAGGUAUUUCCGAUAACCAUCAACGCAUCUGCUUCGCUUUAUCGCUGUGGAACGGUCAGGACGCUAUCCUGAAAGAGCGACUCUUUGGUGUCACCGGUCAUCAAGGCAACCAUGGGGAGGACGUGAAGGAAUUAUACUACUACCUGGACUCGACGCCUACGCAUUCAUAUAUGAAGUUCCUCUACAAAUACCCCCAGAAGGCUUUCCCUUACGACGAGCUGGUCAGGGAGAACGUGAAUCGUGGACGAGAUGUGCCGGAAUUCGAGAUUCUGGACACUGAUUGCUUCAGCGAUGAUCGCUACUGGGACGUAUUCGUCGAGUACGCCAAAGACGAACAAGAUCCUAACAGCAUCUACGUUCGCGUCACAUCUUACAACCGUGGACCUGACCCUGCUACCCUCCACGUUAUUCCUCAGUUCUGGUUUCCUAAUACUUGGUCCUGGAACGACGAUCAUUCCCCUACCCCCAGCUUGCACGCGUCUGGCGAGGGCGUCAUCACUGCCAAACAUCACUCACUCGGCAAGUUCCAUCUCUACUGCCUGCCAUCUCCGCCCCCCGUGGACACUCAAGGUCAAGAAGUUCAGACAGAGUCUGAUACAGAGGGGGUGCUCCCAGAGCUCCUUUUCACGGAAAACAACACAAACUUUUCAAGGCUGUAUGGUGGCCAGAACGAGACGCUAUAUGUGAAAGACGCCUUCCACGAUCAUAUCAUCUCCGCUCAUCGCCCACCCGACGCAGUCGACGGGUUUUUUGUGUCGAAAAUCCAUUCCAGCACCCAAGGGCACCGCACGAUUCCAAGCGGCGGCUUCAACGGUGCAGAGUCAGAGACGCCACCGUCCGAGCAGGAACAGGGUCCGCGUACCCCCUUCCCUCCUACACCCAACUAUGUUAAUCCGGAGAAGAAAGGUACAAAAUCGGCCGCACAUUACGUCUUUGAGAACGUUCCUCCCCGUGGAGGAUGCGCCGUCGUGCGUAUGAAGCUUACACAGCGUAAGCCGUCUGAAGAUCCCAGCGUCGAGGACGAAGGCAUUUUCGAUGACGCGGUCGAGGAACGACGAGAAGAGGCGAAUGAGUUUUUCAAUGGGCUGGUCAUCGGUCCAAUUAGCGACGACUUCAGGCAGAUCAUGCGCCAAGCCUUGAGCGGUAUGCUCUGGACGAAGCAGUACUACCAAUUCAUCCAGCAACCAUGGAUUGACGGUGACCCGAAGCAGCCUCCACCGCCACCUGAACGAAAGUGGAUUCGCAACAGAGGCUGGAAGCACAUGCACGCGGCAGAUAUUCUGUCCAUGCCGGAUAAAUGGGAAUAUCCCUUCUUCGCUGCUUGGGAUACCGCCUUCCACUGCAUUCCGCUCGCAGUCGUCGACCCAGGCUUCGCAAAAAAGCAAUUGGACCUGCUCACACGCGAAUGGUACAUGAAACCGGAUGGCCAAAUCCCUGCCUAUGAGUGGAACUUCGGCGAUGUAAACCCUCCUGUCCAUGCCUGGGCUACGUUCCGCAUCUUCAAAAUAGAACGAAAACUCUACGGCAAGGAGGAUCUUCCCUUCCUCGAGCGUGUGUUCCAGAAGCUUCUCCUUAACUUUACCUGGUGGGUGAACCGGAAGGACUCUGAGGGUAACAAUGUUUUCGAAGGCGGCUUUCUCGGUUUGGAUAAUAUCGGAGUCUUCAAUCGGUCGGAGCCUCUGCCGACUGGAGGAACUUUACGCCAGGCAGAUGGCACGGCUUGGAUGGCAUUCUAUUGUUUGAACAUGCUCAACAUCGCCCUCGAACUGGCAAAGCACAACCCCGUCUACGAAGACAUCGCCUCCAAGUUCUUCGAGCACUUUAUCCUCAUUGCAGACGCGAUGACCUUCCGCUCAGGCGACGAUGAGUCCAGCCUCUGGAAUGAGCAGGAUGGCAUGUAUUACGAUGCCAUCCAGUUCGGCCACGGAAACACUAUGCAACUUCCUGUUCGCAGUUUGGUUGGCCUCAUCCCCUUGUACGCAACACUGGUCUUGGAGCCGUCAGUCAUCGAUCGCCUGCCUGGGUUCAAGAAACGUAUGGAGUGGUUCAUUGAGAACAGACCCGAAAUAUCAGAGCGAAAUAUGGCGAACAUGAAAGUUUCAGGACGCGGUGAACGCCGUCUCUUGGCUCUCGCUAGCAAGGAACGGUUGGAGCGAAUCUUGAGGGUUAUGCUUGACGAGACCGAGUUCUUGAGCGAGCACGGUAUUCGAUCCCUCUCUAAGUACCACAAGGACCAUCCUUGGGGCAUGGACGUUAAUGGCCAGCGUCAUGAAGUUAACUAUUGGCCUGGCGAUUCGCAGUCCGGAAUGUUCGGCGGCAACUCAAACUGGCGCGGACCUAUCUGGCUCGCUGUCAAUUUCCUGCUCAUUGAGAGCUUGCAGCGAUUUUACCAGUACUACGGCGAUGAGGUGCAGGUCGAAUGUCCUACGGGCAGCGGGGACUACAUGAACCUUGCAAACGUCGCCGAAGAGAUUCAGCAUCGUAUUAUUCACAUCUUUGGACGCGACGUCGAGGGUCGCCGCGCCACGAACGGCGGAAACGUCAAGCUCGACUACGAUCCGCACUUCAGGGACUACGUAUGGUUCUAUGAGUACUUCCAUGCCGACGACGGGCGUGGCAUCGGCGCUUCCCACCAGACCGGAUGGUCCGGUCUCGUCGCAUACCAUAUUCUGCAGAGCGGCGCGAGCUGUCGCCUGCCGAAGACACCAAAGACUCCUCGUGGUAUCGUCAACCACUACUUUGACGAAAACAUCGAUUAUCAGUCCGAAUACGGCGGCGAGACGCCCUCGGUGUUCAGCGCAUACAGCGCCGCCGAUGCCAACACACUCGGCGACAUCUCGCCUGAUGCGUUGUAGACGAUACGUUUCCCAUACAGCCUGCAUCACCUUAGCCGCUACUCGAACACGGUGCUGUAGCGCGCCCUUUACGAACAGUAACGAUUCGCAUAUUAGAACCUUCCCGAGACUAGAUAACGCAAAUAAUAGCAUAUAGUUAGCCUGUAGAUGUAGCACAAGUACCAGAGCCUGGCAGAAUACACACAUACAUCGUUCUGGAUCGGUUUCUCUUCUGUUAAGCAUGUAACGUAAUAUAGAACAUAGGAUUGUCCUUUGUGCCACGGAUUCCGAACGUGCGGCUGCUUAGUACAUUAGAGGGAG